AGGCGGCGAGAUGAGCAAUUCCUGCGAGUGCUGCAACAGAUACUGGACUCAUUUGCAUGGAAAGGUCAAGUGUUUCUUCACGCAGAUGGAUAGACACUCUAGGCAUAGCAUGGUCAUACCAGAGAGAUUUGUGAACUAUUUUGGAUGGAAGCUGUCAGGAACCAUUGAACUAGAAGCCCCCAAUGGUAGUGUUUACGAUGUUGAAAUUGCUGAGCGUAGGAACAAAACAUUACUCAGAUCUGGGUGGGAGGCGUUUGUCGAUGCCAAUCAUAUAGUAGAGAACGACUCAUUGAUGUUCCGAUACCGUGGAAGUUGUCGCUUCAAGGUUGUGGUCUUUGAUUCUAGUGGUUGUGAGAAAGUGGUGUCCUGUGCUCGCAUACUGACCAAUAUUAGUGAUCAAGAACCAAGCACAAAUUCUGCAGACAUUUCGACCAGUUUCAGUGAUGGUAAUACUCCUUCGUCAGCACGAGCACGAUCAGAUGGUUGCCAGAGUGGAAGCUCAGGCCACCUUAGAAAACGAGCAAAGAAAGAUGCAAUAUCUUAUCCUUCGGAGGGUUCGUCAGCAGAAGACAGUCCUUAUGAGCAUGAGUCAUCUGAAUUCGAUGAUCAGACGCUCCCAACGCCUCUUUAUGUGUUAUCAGGGAAUUGCUAUGUAACAGAAGAAGAUGAGGCCAAUAUAUUUGCACUUGCCCAGGAAAUUCAACCUGAAAUGCCUCUGCUUGUGGCUAUGAUGACGAAGCCCAGUGUGAAACCAUAUCCUGAUCUGGUAAUUCCCAAGGAUUACACACUCGCACACUUUCCACACAGAAACCAGACUAUCAAACUACAGCUGCCUGAGCAGAGCAAGAAAUGGUACUGCGAGUUCCGUGUCAAAUCUGAUGGAGGUCGUUGCAAUCUAAAGGAGUGUGGCUUUGCCCGUGACAAUCAUUUACUGGAGGGAGAUCUGUGCGUCUUCCAGCCCAUGAUGAAUCGUAAGGGUAGAACAUUCAAAGUGAUGGUCCAUCUGCUUCGCAAAGCAAGCAUUGAUCAUCCCUUCGGUAAAAAUGGUUUGACAAGCAAAAAGAAUGCUCCAACAUUGUGUAUUAAGGAGGAACCAAAUGACGGAGAAGAAACCCCUUCUUUGGGACAUGAAGAACAUGGAAUCAGUGACGAAGAACCCUACAUGAUGCCAAGGGGUACCUGUCUAACGCAACUGCAGAAGAAGAAAAUUUUGGAGAAAGUUGAAGCCAUCGGAUCAGAUCUGCACAUCUACAUCGCAGUCAUGACCAGGAGCAGUAUCCUCGUCUCCCUAUCCUUUGCCAUAAAGUACUCUGCCACGUACCUUCAGAAGGGGAGCGGGAGUUUGGUGCUUCAGGUGGAGGGUAAGAGCCAGAUAUGGCAUGAUGAAAUGCGCGAAAAGGCGGGUGCCAUGAGGAUACGUGCAGGCUGGACUUCUUUUGCCAGCGACAACAACCUGCGGGAGGGGGACAUCUGCCUCUUCGAGCUGAUGAAAAACGAGGGGGGACUGAAGAAGAUGGUGGUCUAUAUCAUUCCCCGUGAGCUUUGCUAG